AUGAAUUUCAAACACUGCUUGUUCAUCUUCACUUUAUUCUUAUUGAAUUUAAACCAUGUUGCAUUAGCGGAUAGUCCAACAGAUUUUGGAGUAGUUCAAUAUAACACAUCCUCGUUGACUUGUGAUCAUCUUGGUCGAUUUAUGAAUUUUUUAACGAUAAACCUGGGUGAAAGUACUGUUGCAGCUGUCGACAAUUUAGUUCCAGACUUUUGUAAAUUGGAUAAUCCUUGUCCAUCGAGUGUCUCGACUGUUGGAUAUCAACAGCUUCGAAAAAUUAGCUCAAAUAAUUCUGCGUUAGCGUUAGGAUAUGCAUGGAAUAACGUUGCAGUCGCCGAAACUAUUUAUAUCAGUGAAAAAUCUAAUACCUCAACUCAAAAAACUAGUACACGAAUCAGGAAUCUUUUUCCACCUACACUAAAAAUCUAUUACUAUCUAGAAUCUAGCGCUAGUAAUGGUAAUGCAAAGAUUUAUAAUCAAUAUAUCGCUGAUAAUAAAAUAACUGAUGGAUUCAGUGUCGUAACGGCUCCUGUUGAUAAAUUGUUUAAAAAAUAA